ACAAAACACCUGAAAGAGCUUCAGACCUUCAUCAGACGUCUGAGGGAGCCGGGCCACACAUCAGCUGAGCUGCUGAAUCAGGUGUAGAGGUUUCAGGUGACCUGCCUCUGAGUCUUACCUGUCCCACUGACCUGGAUCUGACCACAUGUCCCGUCUGGUUUGAUGUCUGAUCUGUGUGGGAGGAGCUUAAGCUGCUGACGCUUUCAGUUUCACAACAACCUGGAGGCACUAGAGACCAGACUGGAGGGUUGACAGCAGCUCCUGGACAGCCCACCUCUGACCUGACAGGAGGGACUCCUGAGAACCUGGCAGGUUUACAGCUGCAGAGGUUUCUGUUGGACACACAGACCCCCUUCCCUUCAGGGGUCCGACCCGCUGCAGCCUCAGGCAGCUCCGAUAAUCCCUGCAGGACCUCCAGCAUACCGAGCUGCUGUUCCAGAACCAUCACACUCUGGAGGUGGGCCGGCAGCUCCUCUCCAUGGGAGACCAGGAAGCCCAGGCUCAGCUGCAGGAGGAGUGGGAAAACCUGCACCUCCUGCUGGGAACAUGGAUGGAUCUGACCGAGGCCAUCAUGGAGAACUGGGAGUGCUGUGAGGCUGGAGUCACAAACAUCAUGGUCCUGCUGCAGAACCUGAGAAGCAGACUGGACCAGCCGGUGUCAGACUCUGAUUCUGACCUGCAGAGCCAAGAGACAUUCAACAAGGAGAACGAGGACUCCCUGGAGGACUGGGCUGAAAGCCUGACGGCGCUGAGCACCAUGAAAACGGAUCUGGCCCGGUACAUCAUGGCAGACGAUGUGCUGCUGCUGCCGGAGCAGGUGGAGCACCUGCACUGGCAGUGGGAGGAGCUCUGCUACAAGGUGACUGUGAAGAAACAGGAGAUCACUGACCAUCUCAACACAUGGAUCAUCUUCAAUGAGAAGAACAAGGAGCUCUGUGAUUGGCUCACACAGAUGGAGAACAAGUGGGAGCACAACUCUGACCUGAACAUGGAGGAGAUGGUGGAUAAACUGAAGAAGGACUGUGUGGAGGAGAUCAAUCUGUUCAGUGAGAAUAAAACUCACCUGAAGCAGCUUGGAGAACAGCUCAUCACAGCCAGCAACAAAACCAAAGAAGCUGAGAUCAACGACAAGCUGAAGGACAUCAACGCCCGCUGGCAGCACCUGUUUGACCACAUCCAGGCCAGGGUGAGAAAGCUGAAGGAGACGUUGGUGACCGUUCAGCAGCUUGAUAAGAACAUGAACAACCUGCGGACAUGGCUGUCCCUCAUCGAGACAGAGCUGUCCAAACCUGUGGUCUACAGUGUCUGCCACAGCCAGGAGAUCCAGAAGAAACUCUGCGAGCAGCAGGACCUGCAGCAGGACAUUGAGCAGCACACAGACAGCGUGGUGUCGGUGCUGAAGCUGUGUGACGUCCUGCUCCGUGAUGUUGAUGCCUGUGGUGACGACUCUGAGAUCGCCUCCAUCCUACAGACCAGCUGCAGUCUGGACCGGCGCUGGAGGAACAUCUGUGCCAUGUCCAUGGAGCGCAGGAUGAGGAUCCAGGACACCUGGCGUCUCUGGUGUAAGUUCCUGGAUGAAUAUUCCCYGUUUGAAGYKUGGCUGAAGGCAGCCGAGGUCACAGCAGCCAACCCAGAGUCUGCCAACGUCCUCUACACCAACGCCAAGGAGGAACUAAAGAGAUUUGAGCUGUUCCAGCGGCAGGUUCACGAGCGGCUCACUCAGUUGGAACUGAUCAACAAACAGUACCGCCGUCUGGCCCGGGAGAACCGCACCAGUGCUUCCUGUAAGCUUCAACUAAUGGUCCAAGAUGGAAACCAGCGAUGGGACUGCCUGCAGAGGAGGGUGGCGGCCGUCCUCCGCAGACUCAAGCACUUUACAUCUCAGAGAGAAGAGUUUGAAGGAAGUCGUGAGGGGGUCCUGGUCUGGCUCACAGAGAUGGACCUGCAGCUCACUAAUGUGGAGCAUUUCUCCCAGAGCCACACUGAAGACAAGAUGAGACAGCUGAAGGCCUUCCAGCAGGAAAUCACCUUCAACACCAAGAAGAUCGACGCUCUGAUUGUGUUUGGGGAGAACCUGAUCCAGAAGAGUUCUCCUCUGGAUGCGGUUCUGAUCGAGGACGAGCUGGAGGAGCUGCACUCCUACUGCCAGGAGGUGUUUGGGAGGGUGGCCCGCUUCCAUCAGCGCCUCGUCAGCACCAGACUGGUUCCAGAUGAGGACAGGGACACGUCAGACCAUGAACCAGGCCUGACUAGGUCCCCUGAAGUCCCCAUCAGGACGUCCUGGACAAAGGUGAGGAGGAGGACAGAGGAGGAUGAAGACUCUCUGUCAGUGGGAGGAGUCUCAGCUGGGCGUCAGGCCAUGUGCCACCUCCUGGUUCCUCCUCCUGAACACUCAGGCAGAGAGACUCCUGUCAGCGUGGACUCCAUCCCCCUGGAGUGGGACCACACAGUCGAUGUGGGGGGAUCAUCYUCUCAUGAGGAGGAUGAAGAGGCCCCCUUCUUCAGGACUUCAUCAGUGAAGUCAGUUCCUGAAGCACUCUGCUGGUCCCCCCCUGGACCACCUGGACCACCUGGACCCCCUGGACCACCUGGACCACCACAGGCUACAAGUCCUGCAGCAGAAACCAUCCAAGAGUUCAGCUCAUCUUCAAGGAGCAGACCUCUCCACCAGCAGGGCUAUGAGGAGCUGAUGACAGGUGACAGACAGAGCAUCAGCUGUGUGCAGAAAGUAAAAGUGAUCAUCAACGAUGAAGAGGAGCAGACAGAUGAAGGUCUGAGCAGCAGCWUGGAGCAGCUGAGUACAGGUGGGCUCGAGUACUGGGAGCAGAAACAGCUGCUGCAGCAGUGGCAGAAGCUCCACCAUGACCUUUGUGAUGUCACUUCCUGGCUGGCCAGAGUCCUGCCACAGCUGGAGAGGCUGCAGCGAGUCCCUGUGGCCAGCAGCAUCACAGACAUGGAGCUCAGCCUCAGGGACCUGGAGGACAUGCAGAGGAACUUCCACACCUACGAGUGUCUGAUGAUCUCUGUGAACCUGAGCGCACGCCACUUCCUGCAGGGUGACAGCGUGGAGCUGGAGGAGGCUCUGAGCUCAGCCAAUCACAGCUGGGCUCAGGCCUGUGGCCUUCUGGACAGCUGGCAGAGGAGGCUGCAGUGUCAGGAGUUGCAGCCAGCUGCAGGCAGACAAGCAGCAGCUAAAAGAACUGGGGGGAGGGAUUCCUCGGCCCCCCAGCCCCUCCUGCACCGGGCUCUGUGGGCUGUCCUCCACCUCCUCCUGCUCUUCUUUCUGCUCUUGGUUCUGAUCCGUUUGGUUCCUGCGUCUGAUGAUGACCGCAGCUGUUCACUGUCCAACAACUUCGCCCGUUCUUUCUACCCCAUGCUGCACUACACCAACGGACCCCCGCCCACAUGAAGGCCCCCAACACAACGCCUGUCUGAAAUCCUGCACAGGAUCAUUUCUGUUUUUAAAAACUAAAUAUUGAUUUAUUCCUGUCAGUCAGAAGCCAUAUCCUAGUUUAGAUUGAAUCUUGUUAAGUGAAGACAAAUGAACAUUUGAACACAACAUAAAGGAUAAAAGCAGGAACUGCAGCUGCUUGAAUCAGGUGCUGAUUCUGUAGUUUUACUUACAAACAAAACAUUAUAUUCAGAUUUGAAUAGAUUUAAAMGUGAGGUWRACUCUACCUGUAACAAGAUAAACAWAAUAAUGAAUACAUGUGAAAAUGUGGAAAGUUGA